AUGGAGGCUUCGUACCAAGGUGGUGUUUUAUACGACGAGACUGAUAAUUUUCAGCGUUUAUCUCAAACAAUUGCGAGUAAUAUAAAGAAAAUUUCCCAAAAUGUUUCUUCAAUGUCAAAAAUGGUCAAUCAGCUUCAAACACCUCAAGAUUCUCAAGAACUCAGGAGUCAGCUCCGUCAAAUUCAAAAUUACACGCAGAAGCUAGCAAAAGAUACUUCUUCAAUGCUUAUGGAGUUAAUGAAGCUGCCAGUGGACCAACCUGCACAGAAACUACAACGUGACCGCCUUAGUGAUGAAUAUAUUAGCACACUCAAUGCAUUUCAGGCCACUCAGAGAUCGGCCGCUCAGAAGACCAAGGAAGAUGUGCGCAAAGUCAAGGCCCAAACAAUCAAUAUCGUUGCCCCGUUCGCCAUGAACAGUAACAAUAAGGAGCAGCUGGUGGAGAUGGGUGACACGAACGUGCGCAGGCAGGAACAGAUGACGGUCCAGUCAGAACGCGAGCUGCUUGAGCUCGAGGAGAGAGAGAGGGACAUUCGACAGCUGGAAACUGACAUCAUGGACGUGAACCAGAUAUUCAAGGAGUUGGGCUCCAUGAUCCACGACCAGGGCGCUGUGGUCGACUCCAUAGAGUCAAGCGUCGAGUAUACCGUGCAGAACGUAGAAAGCGGCACUCAGGAGCUGAGGCAGGCGGUCAACUACAAGAAUAAGCUGAGGAAGAAGAAAGUUUAUCUGGCGAUAAUUCUAAUAAUAAUCAUAUCGAUUCUGCUGAUUAUCAUUUUUAAUCGU